CGACAUUUUCUAACCUCAACUUGCAAGAGUUGUAUUAAGAUAUUCAUCCCUAAUAUGGGAAAGAGGACAAAGAUAGAACGUUUGUUGAAUACAUAAUUAGGGCUUUUCUUGAAGGUGGUGAUUGUAUGCAUGUGUGGAUAUAAAUUUGUGGGCAGUUUUCAGGAGUGGUCAGCUGCUCGCAAGAAAGUAGCUGCGAGGCUUGCGGCAGACGACAGUAUUAUGGCAGAUAGUGGCAAGGGACCUUACAGCAAAGAAGAACUUAAAAAGCGUUUGACACCAAUGCAGUAUUAUGUUACUCAAGAAAAAGGAACAGAAAGGGCAUUUACGGGCAAGUACAAUAAAACUACAGAUGCUGGAACAUACAGCUGUGUUGUUUGCAAUGAGGACCUAUUUUCAUCAGAUACAAAAUUUGAAUCUGGCUGUGGGUGGCCAGCAUUUAAUGAUGUUAUAAACCAAGGCAAAGUUAAGCUUACUAAGGACACAUCUCAUGUUGGGGGCAACCUUCUGUUAUUGGUCGCAAACCCAGGCAUGGUGCGUACUGAGGUGACCUGUGCCAACUGUGGAGCUCAUCUGGGCCAUGUGUUCAACGAUGGACCAAAGCCCACGGGAAGAAGAUUCUGCAUCAACAGUGCUGCACUUAAUUUUCGACCACUGCAUCAACCAGAGCAGUGAGCUUUGUCUUUCAGCAUAGGACAGAAGAUGUUUAAAAACCUUAUUUCAGAAUUUAAGUGAUAAGAAAAUGAAUUUUGAUUAUGUCUGUGCAGGCACUAGUAUGCUUUUGAAAUUGAUUUCAUUGGUUUCACUGUUGACAUGAAUUGAUGUAAAUGUAACUGAAACAGUGAAUAUUCUUUAUAGUAAAUUAUUGGUAAUGUGAA